AUGGAAUCUGACAGUGAUAUGGAUUAUUACAAUGACUCAAACUUUACUAACAGUAGUCAUGAAGAUUAUGGGAAUAUAUUUAUUCUACCAUGGUGGCAACAACUAGUAUGGAGUGUUGUAUUUGGGAUUAUGAUAUUUGUUGCCACGGGAGGAAACGCAAUUGUCAUGUGGAUUGUUCUUGCGCACAAAAGAAUGCGCAGUGUUACAAACUAUUUUUUGGUUAAUCUGAGCUUGGCAGAUACCAUGGUAUCAACUUUGAAUGUGAUUUUUAACUUUGUAUACAUGAUAGACGGCGAUUGGCCUUUUGGUGAAGCUUAUUGCAAAAUUUCGAACUUUAUUGCCAUAGUUUCCGUGGCUGCCUCCGUGUUUACGUUAGUAGCCAUUUCGUUUGACAGAUACAUGGCUAUAAUGCAUCCGUUGAAGCCUCGCAUGUCCCGAGGAACCACAUUGAACAUCUGCGUCUGGAUUUGGGUAUUCAGCAUCCUCUUGUCAUUUCCCAAUCUUCUUUAUUCAAUGACAGUGGUGGAAGAGUACUUGGAUGGUGGUCAGCGAGUCAUAUGUUUUAUGGUCUGGCCUGACGGAUCUUCAAAUGAAAGUGACCAAGAAUAUGUCUACAAUGUGGUUAUUCUGGUUGUAACCUAUGUCUUGCCUAUUUCAUCAAUGACAUUUACGUACUUCAGAGUAGGACGAGAGCUUUGGGGAAGUCAAAGUAUCGGCGAGUGUACACAGAAGCAAAUCGAAAGUGUCAAGUCUAAGAGAAAAAUCGUAAAAAUGAUGAUCGUAGUCGUUGUAAUCUUCGCAGUAUGCUGGUUACCCUAUCACGUGUAUUUCCUGGUUGCACAUCAUCUUCCUCAUAUCACAAGCCGACCGGAAGUUCAACCCAUCUACCUUGCCAUCUACUGGUUGGCUAUGUCAAAUGCAUGCUACAAUCCGUUCAUCUACUGUUGGAUGAAUAGCAGGUUUCGUCAAGGAUUCAAAAGUGUGUUUCACUGCUGCAAAUGGAAAGAAGAAAAAAUAAAUCCUUUAGAGCAAAGAAAAUUCACUGCAACUCGACAGAACACAGUCAAUGGCAUCAUAGCUCUACAAACAGUCACUGAAUCCCUGAGCGGAAGCAAUCCUCUACUCUACAACAAGUGCAUCCGACUUGAGAGACUUUCCAACUUGUGA